AUGACGAAGCGAGCAAUAUGGACACCCAGAAAGCUGGAGAAGCUGUACGAAGCUCUGGACGAGAUAGCCGAGACUGGUUCCGGCGUGACUCCUUGGCCGGAAGCCUUCGAGCUCAUGCACGAGAAGACGGGAUUGAGCAAGGUACAGGUGUCCGACAAGCUGCGUGGUUUGGGCCAGAAACACAAUCUGAAGCUCAAUCGAGAGGAGCUCGUCCGACGCUGGGCCGAAGUCUCGGUCAACUUCAAUCAAGCGACUAGCCGAGCUUCGCACAGCUACACGCAGUCUCCUAAAAGUGAUAACAAUCCUAAUCCGCCGAAGCACACCCAUGACCAGCUUUAUGGAGCUGCGUCAAACGAGGUGCAAGGAAAUGGGGAACAGCACAAUGACAGCAGCAGGGAAGCUGAUGCGCCGACCAACAGUGGCUGCGACAACCACGCCGAUAACAACGAAAACAAUAACGAUGCAGAAGAGCCGGUCAUGAUGUUGGAGAUCGCGCCCUAUGAAUGGGAUAUGAUCCAUGCAUGGCGAGACUUCAUGCAUGGUAAGAGAUUCUUGUCGCCCAUGUCCAGAGAGGACGUGAGUCGCGAGCUCAGCCAUACCUGGAGACUCCUCAUUGAGGGCAUCAAAUCGUUCUGCAAGGCACAGCCAAUCGCUCAUCUCACCACAGCCAAAUUGUCACGGCCAACUUUGGAAUUGGCGCGGACAUUUACGACUGGCUAUCGGCGCCCCGACGUCGACGAGUGUUUGAACACUCUCUUUGGCGACCCUGCACUCAAUGUGCCCCUUAUCCUUCGUGCAUUUGCCGCUGCUGCGAUCACUACCUGGGUCUUUGCAGAUUUCCCAUCUUAUCGACCUCCGCCAACAGGAUCCGCACUCGCUCACUGUCUGAAGGUGCUCGCCCACUUCAACUCACAUGCUGCAAGAGACACCGAGGAAGCGAUGGAAGUUGAGUAUUUCGACAACGUUAUCGCGCCAACGUUGCCGCAGCUUGCAAAGCAGUACCGCCAUGACCUCUUUGUCGGUUUCUCAAACCUCCGCGUUCCGCUUGAACGGCAUUUCUAUCCACAAGAAAAUCAGAACGCCGAAAAUGCUCCGGAUUUUGCCUUUCGAAAGCAACAGCAUUCCGACUGGGCUGCCCACAUCGAAAAAGCGUUUCUAGUCGCGCUGAAGUUGCGCCUUGAACUGGCCAAAAGCAAAUCUGUCUGGGAAUUCAACUUCAUCCGCCAAGGACAGAAACUCGAAGACAAUCUGAUGGUACCUAUGGUCUCAAAGGCAGAAAAACCCACUCCAAAGAACCUUGUCCUUCAAUGCCUGUCUCCAGCUACCAGCUACUACCAGCGGGGCGAGCGUGGACACACAGGUUCAAAAUGCCUCCACGUCUACGCCAAGGUCAUAGUCGAAGGACUUGCGGUGAACGAAGCUGCAUUACUGGGUUCGGCCAACCCGAACGAGGACAAACUAUGA